CUAGCUCACUUAUCCCCAUCGUCGCUGCCGCUCCUGCUCCCUUUUCCCCCGCCGCUGUCUGUCUACUCCUCCUCCCUCGUCCUCGUCUCAUCGCCUCCGCCACCUCCUCCCUGUCCCCGGCGUCCUCCCACGGCACAUGAUCCCCUGUCCCCUCCCCUCCCGAUCCCACCCACCGAACCGAUCCCGAUCCAGUCUAGAUCGAGAGAGAGCGAGCCCCUUCCCGCGAUUCCCACCGCCGCCACCCCCACCCACCACCACUGACCUUGUCUCCGCCACGGACCCUCUCCCCUAGCCUUCACCCCCUCAGAUCCACCAGUACAGGAACAGCCAUGGCGUCGCGGUCGUCUUUCUUGCCGGCGCGCGCGUGCAUGCUUCACGCCGGCCACGGGCCUCCGGCAAAUCAGAACGGCGACGACGUCAACGGGAUCAUCAGGUCUCCGGCAGCUCAUUCCCCUCGCGCAACUGCUCCCCUCCUUCCUGCCCUCCCUGCGCUCCAGAUACGGCCCUAACGAAGCCAUGGUGAGUCCCAUCGCAGCGUCCACCCGGCGACGGCGGGGAUCCGCUGCUGCAGCGCCUCCGCGCGGGGACCUGCGAGGCCGUGCCGUGGCUGCGGGAUGCCUCCAGGAACUUGGCCCGCGACCUGCUCGCCUGGACCAAGAAGGGCAUCGGCCUCCGUGCCAUCCUCGUCAUCUCGGUUGACGAGAUGGGGUUCAGACGUCCCAGCAAGAUCCAGGCUGUCACGCUUCCCAUGAUCCUCACGUCUCUCUACAAGAACCUCGUAGCCUAGGCGCACAACGGCUCCGGCAAGACCACCUGCUUCGUCCUCGGCAUGCUCAGCCGCGUCGACCCCAGCCGCAGGACUCCCCAGGCCAUCUGCAUAUGCCCUACCGGGGAGCUUGCGCAGCAGGUGUUGAUCCAGGCAGAUCUCUUCCUGAACAAUCUGACCAGCAUGUGCGAGAGGAGCACAGAGAAGGGCUCUAUGUGGGUCACCAUGAAGCGAUCGUCGAUGAAGUGUCAGGCUAGGUUGAAGAAGAUGGCGAGUAAGGGGGAGCCUAUUGAGUACUGGUGCCUGGUCUGUGCCACCGAUGGCAAGAGGAACAUCUCCACCUCGGGAGCUCCGCAUCCGAGUCUCGUCCAUCCUCAGCAGCAAGGAGCUGGGCCAAGGGAGCAAGCAGCGCUGCUGGUUACUUGGGGCCAGAUCGAGUAAGAUGGCGCACCAUGGCGUGUGGUGGCCUAUUUUGCUUCCAAGAGUAGUACUGUUUAUUUGAAAUGAGAUGUACUCGUCUACUGCCUAGUAAACAAUACUACCUAGUACUGUUUAUUUUUCUUCCAAGAGCAGUACUAUUUAUUUUCCUUCCAUGGUGUGUGGCGGCCUAUUUUGAAUGAUUGUCAUGUACUAUGAUGUAGUGAGCUGCAUGAGUGAAAUGAAAUUUAAUCAAGAGAAUUAUUGA